UGAGACAGGUUGUAACUCUGUCACCCAGGCUGGAGUGCAGUGGCAAUCAAUGCUCACUGUAAGCUUGAACUCCUGGGCUCAAGUGAUCCUCCCACCUCAGCCUCCUAAGAAGCUAGGACUACAGCAUAUGGAUUACAAAGAUCUUCUCCCACUGGAAGAAAAAUUAGUAUUUACCAUGUAAAAAGGCUUCCUACACAUCCGUAUGAAAGACAUAGAACGCCCGUCCAGUAGAGAAAUAGAAGCCUCGGACACUGCACAAGAGAAGAUACCCUAAUGGCCAAAAAACACAAGGGAAGGUUCUCAGUUCAUUAGACUUCGGUUAAUGCAAAUUAAAAUCAACACGUAAUACCAUUACUCAUCCAGCACAAUGGCUAAAAUAACUAAGAUGAACAGGACACCACCACGGACUCGCGAGGCUGAGUGGUAGGUGUCGCGAGACUGAAGAGUGGGUGUCGCGAGACUGAAGAGUGGGUGUCGCGAGACUGACGAGUGGGCGGCGCAAAUGGUCGAGGUGUUCACUCGCCAUUUUGUGUGAGGGACGCUGACGCUACACACGCCUGGCCUGGCCUCUCCCCACUGCAGCCCUGGCCGCUACCAACAUGAGCCUCCCGGAGAGUCCCGGCAGCCCCUCUACUCUCGACCAUGUCCUGGAAGACCCGCACCAGGGCCAGCGGCCCGGAGACGAGAGUGAGGCAAAACAGGUAAUGGCGGAGACAGUGGAGAGCCGCUUGGAGUCAAUCUUGCUCCCACCGCCACAGCUUCCAGAGGAAAGGGUCGCGCCUCAGGAUCCCACAGAUUGUGGCGAUACUCUCCACAUCUUGGUCAAUGGGGGUCGCGGUCAUGGAGCCAUCAACGCGGGGCAGGAAGUGACUCCACUACCCGCGGAGGGCCGGGAAACAGCCUCUGCCUCCGCGGCAACUGACGGCAGCCUUAAAGAUGGCUUUCAGGGUGAAGAGAGGCGCGGCCCAGGUGGGGAGAAGGCUCUAGAAACCUGUGGCACAGGGAGGUUGGAGUCUGAAGUGAUUGCAGUGGGGAAGCCCGAGGACCUGGAGCCUGAAGAGUGCGCCAUGCUCUCAGCCCCAGCUGAUGAGAAGGCCGGAGGCACAGAAAUGGACAUGGCGGAAGGAAACCGCGCGACAGAUGAGGUAAACAUGGAGGCAGGGCCUGGGCCCCUCAACAUGGAUCUCCAUCUGAACCCCCUGGAGGCCAUCCAUCUGGAACUGGACUCCAUGAAUGCCGAGGCUGACAGGGCCCUCCUGCAGGUGGAGCGCAGGUUUGGGCCGAUACAUGAAUACUACCUGGAGCGGAGGAAUGACAUGAUUCGCAGUAUCCCGGGCUUCUGGGUCACAGCUUUCCACAACCACCCACAGCUGUCUGCCAUGAUUAGAGGCCAAGAUGCAGAGAUGUUAAGCUAUUUAACCGAUCUGGAAGUGAAGGAGCUCAGACACCCGAGGACAGGCUGCAAGUUUAAGUUCUUCUUCCGAAGAAACCCUUACUUCAAAAACAAGCUGAUUGUCAAGGUGUAUGAGGUCAUAUCCUACGGCCAAGUGGUGUCUUUUUCCACUCUAGUUAUGUGGCGCCGGGGCCAUGGACCCCAGUCCUUCAUUCAUAGGAACCGACAUGUCAUCUGCACCUUCUUCACUUGGUUUUCAGACCACUGCCUUCCAGAGUCCGACAGGAUUGCUCACAUUAUUAAAGAGGACAUCUGGCCGAAUCCACUGCAGUACUACCUGUUGCAUGAAGGCGCCCAUAGAGCUAGACGUCGCCCGGUAAGGGAGCCAGUGGAGAUCCCGAGGCCCUUUGGGUUCCAGUCUGGUUAACCUUGGCCUUUGGAACUGCUCCCGCAGAAGGUCUCCUGCCACCACCUGCUGGACCUGUGCUUGGGCAACAGUAUUAGGUAUGCCCUUUCCUGUUUUUGUUCUGACUUUUCUGUACUCUGUUUAAACUUUCCGUUCUCUCACCCUGAAGAUUGAGACCUUGGUGGCUAUGCUGCUCCCCUUUCGCCUGGUCUUCUUGCUGUUCUGCAUUAACAUCAUAGGCUCCCAGCCGAUGAGUCACAUCCUUCUAAGCGAAGGAUGCUGUAGACUGCACUGUCUUUACCUUUGUUUGGACUCUGUUUGUUCCCAGGACCUCUGGUCUGGCUCCUCCUACCUGGAUUUCUAGCUGUGUCUAAGAAUGUAUUCUGCUCACCCUGUUCUGCAUAUGACAGUACAGGCGGCCUGUGGACAACUGCUAGGCAUUGAUGAAGUCAAGGAAGAACAGCAGGGGGCAGCUUGGUCUGCGUGAGUCAUGGGACUCCCCAUUACUUUUCCUGAGACUCUGGUCACUGAUUGCUGCCUGCUGCUGGCUAUGCCCACCACCUUGGGCAGCUCCCUGCUAAGUGAACAUAUUCCAGACCAUUGCCAGCUCUACUCUCUGGUUUCUAAUAAACAGGGAUCUCCGGAACACUGGUGGUGGACACAGGUUUCCUGUCAACACACAAAAGACCCGUUCCUCUACCAAAAGAUCUUUGAAUUCUUCACCACCAUACCCUCGUCACCCAGAAAUCCUACUGUCAAACAAGUGGUUGAGGGGACAUGAUAGACCCUAUCCUCAUGGCAAGGGUAAUAUCUUGACAAGUACCAGGCUUUCUCAGCCACCAUCAGUGGCCUCAUUAAAAUCUAGGUACCUUUAUUUGCCUCCUUUCCUGUACCUAAUAAAGUGCCAGAGUGGGUGUACACUUUCUUUUCUCUCAUCUCUCUUCUGUCUUCCUUUUUUUUUUUUAAGUGGUAAUUACGAAAUACCCACAGAAGCAAGCCUUUUAGUUUCUUGGCUCUUUUUGUCAUGUCCAGGGCCUCCCUCAUCUAUCUCUUCUGUCUUCCUUUUUUUUUUUUUUUGAGACGGAGUUUUGCUCUUGUUACCCAGGCUGGAGUGCAAUGGCGCAAUCUUGGCUCACCGCAACCUCCGCCUCCUGGGUUCAGGCAAUUCUCCUGCCUCAGCCUCCCGAGCAGCUGGGAUUACAGGCACGCACCACCGUGCCCAGCUAAUUUUUUGUAAUUUUAGUAGAGACGGGGUUUCACCAUGUUGACCAAGAUGGUCUCGAUCUGUUGACCUCGUGAUCCACCCGCCUCGGCCUCCCAAAGUGCUGGGAUUACAGGCUUGAGCCACCAUGCCCGGCCCUUUUUUUUUUUUUUUUUUUUUUUUUUUUUAAAGUGGUAGUUAUGAAAUCUCCGCAGAAGCAGGCCUUUUAGUUUCUUGGCUUUUUUUGUCAUGUCCAGGGCAGGCUCUUCUAUAAAAUACACUGCCAAAUCUCUUAUUGCCCACUCUUUCUUUUCAGCCCCUCACCCCUCUUUAGCAAUUCCUAGAGGUUUUAAAGGAAUACAGAGCUGGAUGGAAUGAAAGGUGAUUUCUAGUUGAGAGUGGAUGGAAGAACUAAAGAGAUUGUGAUGGGUGCUCUAAGCAUGGAAAACUGAACAAAAAGGCAGAGGUGAGGCAGAAAUGAUUCAGGGGAAAAUUGGGCCUAGAAUGAACACUGGGUUGACUUGAGAUCCUGUGAGGAAGGGGAACUUACUCUGUUAGUUAUAAUGGGAAGAGAAGUACUUUUUUUUUUUUUGUAUUGGGAUAGAAGAAUAGAAGAUGGUUGGAAUGUUAAUUUAUGUUGCCUAGAGAAGGGUUCUUUGAAUACACACUGCAAUUUUGGGUAUCUUCUUUCUUGUUUGCAUGUGGCCUUAUUUAUGUAGAAGAUUAAUACUGUGUUGUAACACUUUCUUUGUUUCUGUUUACUGGGAAGAUUCAGCUGUGCAGAGUUACUUUCAAUUUGGAACAUUUGGAAUAAUAUCGGUCUUUCUUUUUUGUACAUUAUAGAGACUUAAUGUGGAUAUUCAUGACAGUUUUCAGCCUGGUCUUGUUUCUGUUAAAACCAUAUCUUUAACAUAUUAAUUUGAAUAACCUGGUCUUAAUCUGAUGCAGAAGACUGGAAACUGUUGUGUUCAUGGAUAAAUAAAUUACAAAAAAAUUUAU